CCAGAAGGGAGUCACUGCACCGUGCCAGGGCAGACCUGGGAGAUGUUCUCAGAUGCUAGUUACUGUAGCCAGCUUGGAGCCUGGGCCAAACAAAAGAGAUCCCUGAGCAAACCUCCUGCCCCUUUCACUCACAGGUGAGAGGGAUUUGGCACAGCUUGGCUCAUCUUCUUUUUGGGUCUUCCUGCUGGCAAUUUAUUUCCCUGCAAUUCCUUCUGGGAUAAAAUACCCCUGCCUGAAUAAUGAGAACAGAUGUAGAUAGCUGAACAGAAGCCAUCUCCAGCCUGCUACCAGUAAAGCUAUACAGGAGCGUUCCUGCUGCAGCUUCAGCAGCAGCAAACAAUCUGGAAAACAAAAUCCUCUGAUGGAUAUGGAUAAAAAAGAAGGGAUGGUGACUGUUCUUCUGCUGAAGGUGCCACCAGAGUCAUGGAGCAGGAAGAAGGCAGCAAAGGAACAACAAUAAAAAAGUCACUCUGCCCUCCUGGAGCUGGAGAGAAAGCAGUGUGCUCCGCUGGCUCUUGCAAUGGAGGAAAAUUCCUGUUCAUGCAGACAGAUACUUUUUUUUCCCUCAGCUUUAGCUGUAACUGGACUCUGCAGACAACAGGACGCUCAUCUCCAGCAGAGACACAGGCAUGCGCUUGAGACUAUGCUGCUAAAUCCAAGGGCGUCUCCUGGCCUUUCAGACUGGCUGUAACAGGAGCUCUGAGCUGCCGACAGGAGAUAGCCCCGAUGCUAUUUCACUGCUCACCUCCCAGUCUUCUACUGCUGAUUUCCAUGGAAGCAGAAACUGGUACUGACAUCUGCUCUCCACCACAGAGUGUCACAUACAUCACGUACAAGGAGAAAUGAAAGCUUUCUCCAAGAAGAGAAACUGGGGCUACUUGUAAAUUAGCAUGCAUCUCAAAAGGAGGCAGCUCUUUGUAGAGGGAGCUGCAAAGAUCGUCGCAAUCGGUCUCACGGUUCUUCUUCGAGCACAGUAAUGCAGGGUCAUCCUCCAGGCAUCCUUGCACACAGUGAAAAACUUGUUAACAAAGAGAUUAUUUACUAAACAAAUGCUAUAAGGGCCCAGAUUUACCGAGACAAUUACAGGACGAGCACCUCCCGCCCACUCUCCCCUGCCCUCCCUUGAAGGCAGGGCUGGGGAUGCUCACACUGCCUUCUGAGGACAAGGUGGCAACAUCCAGAACUGCUGUCAGGAUACCGCAGCCCUGGCAAUUCUUCCCAGCUGUGCUGGAGAACUCCUCUGUGACCUUGAGCACAUUCUGUCUCUGCCUCUGUCCUUCCUCUUUCAGCUGAGGCUUACUGAGGAGGUUUUGUAUGGUGCCUUUGUAAUUUAAGAGCCUCAGUGGAGGAUGCUGUGUGAGCCCAGUGCCACUGACAUCCCUUUCUACGAAGGUGAAAUGGGAGUUUGACAGGCCCCAGAAAGAAAACACAUUUGUAUAAUCAGAUGUUGGACACACAGAAAGAGCUUAGGGUUGCCAUGCUGUUUAUUUAUUUCUGAAUUCAGUUUUUCUCUGCAGAAUUUAGUUCUUCUGUAUUUAAUGAUGUCCUCAAACAGAAACAAUGUCUUUACCUACACUUGAUCACUUAAUAAAACCCGUGAAAGGCAGCAAGUCUUAUCAAGGAAACUUCAUGUGACAUGUCUCAUCAAUCCAGAGCCUGCCUGCUCGGAACAAGAUGAACAUACACACAUCCAAGAUGGAUAAUAAGACGCAGCUCAGUCCAGCAUUACAUGAUAGAGCCAGUGAACUGCAAUACUUAAUCCUAGAAACAAUCAAAGCAACCACUGAGUUUGCCAAGUCCUUGCUGUCUGAAGGGGAAGAGGCAUCCAAGUUGGCACUGCUGCUCCUAAAAUGAACUACAAAUCAAAGAGUUGCAAAUGCAGGAUACAAGUCAUUUCCACGCUCAGGAACGGGGAAAAAGGGAGGCAUUACCAUUGCCUUGGCUUUAUUCUGUGAGCAGCUCCACUGGUUUCAGUGAAUCUGCCCAUCAUGUGUAAAACCUGUGAGCGCUGGGACGGGAAGAUAGUCACCAAAGUCACCAGAGCCAUGUCUGCUGAAGGAAGAAAGAACGUGCAAUCUUUGACCAGGUACUAGGGGCUUCGAGGUGCUCAGUCUAAGGAAAAGCUACUGGAUAUGGAAAAUGAGGGAUGCCAAGCACGAUCAUUUAUAACCUAUGAUCACAGAAAGUCCUGAUCCUCAUGUUUCACCUGUGGGCUCCUCCAGAGCCGUGAAGAAGGGGGAACUCCAGCCCCACCACAAGAAGACUGGGUCUUCUACGCAUGGCGACUCAACCCAUGUGAGAGCUCUCUUGAGAACCCAGCAGCACACUUUGCUGUCUGUGGUCUGUGGACAUUGACUGGCAUCUAAGCAACACCCCAGCUCCCUCCUCUCCCCCUAGACGCCACUGUCUUAGAGCCUCCAUGUGCAUUUGCUAUGACAUACAUCAGUGUUGAUGAGAGACAGGAACACUGCCGGGUGAUCUUGAGCUGCCAAAAUAAUCAGCUUUAUGCACAACAUGGCCUAAAGGACUUUUCAGUUGACAGCAUGCAUCCACUAAAGAACCUAGACACUCAUAUUUUUUCUGGGGACUUCCACACUCUAGACUACUGCCACACAGGCAAGGCACCUUUGGCCAGUCCUGUGGAAAACCGGAUGUAUCGGAGCGUGGAGAACCUUCAGUGGGCAACACUUGCUGACUCUGGGCUGUAUUCUCACUGCCGGAGCCUGGAUAACGAGAUCAGUUUUCGCUACAGAGGCACCAGUCAGCGGACAGAAGGUUGUGUGGAUGUGGCCCCAGUGCAGAGCACAUCAGACUCUCUGAGGAACCUUUCUCUCGGUGCUAAACAGACAUCUCAAUCAGCACAGAAUGUGCUCCUCCCUCCCUUUGCCAGAGUGCCUCAGUGGCUCUUCCCUUCUGCAGGGGAAAGAGCCCUACAUGGGGAUGCCAAAAAAGAGCUGAAGGAGAAGCUGAGGCUACACAGCAGUAAGGUGGCAGAGCCCUGUAAGCCAGUGCGCCCGCAAGUGGCCCUGCCUGACCUGAUGGCCCGGGAGUUUUUUGCAUGCCAGAUGUGCCAGCAGUGCAAGAACGGUUGUGCUGUCAACUGCUGCACAGUUUUGGUGGAACACACUGCUCUCAGGCACAACCUCACAGGGAGGCAGAGACCGUGUUUUGCACACAGGAUUGUCAGUCCAGAAGACAUCAAGCAGGAGGCUCAGAGGAGGCUUCAGCUCCGAAGGCAGAACAGCUCCCCCAAUUUGCCCCUUCAGCAUGCCAGGGAAAUCCAUGAGAUGGCCAAAUCCAGAACAGCAGAAACCAUGGAACAAUAUAGUGAGGAAACAGAUGUCAAAGGUACACUGGAACAAAGCAAGAAAGGCCUCUGCAAAGGGAGGCUUUACAUACCCACCUUUGAGGAAUUCAAGCAAAUGAGAAGUAAAGAGGCAAAUUCAUCUGUCAGCGGCAGUGGGCCAAUAGAUUGCUUGAAUAAGGGUCUGCUUGCAAACCAGAGCCUGAAGGAGGAGAGCAGUGAGAACGUCUGUCCAGAAGUUCUGGGGGCCAAAGCUGUGAAUGAAGCUGCUGUCACAGCAGAGGAUGACGAUGAUGUGUUCCAUGAAAACCACACCUCUGCUGGCUUUUCCCAAUAUCCAAACACAUGGGAUGAUUUCAGGAUGAGCAGCCCUGAUGUGAAGGAUGGAGACUUCCAAAUCUGCAGCCCAGAUAGAUCACCGGUCCCCAUUUGCUCUAGCCCUAUUCCACGAUCACCUUUACAGGCAGUAGCGAUACACAGAGCUGGGCAGGAGAUCUUCAGUGAUGAGCAGCAGAAAGGAGAAACAAGACAAUUAAAUGAUGUCCUCCACCUUGCAGGGCAGUCGCUGGCUUCUGAAGCCCAGUCCUCUUGCUGUUCAUCGCUGCUGUUAGAAGCCACAGACUUGUCCAGCUAUGGAGCUAAGCUACAAAAAAUGAAGGAUGAAUUCAUAGGUUCAGCCUUGGAACUUAUUAAGAAAAGCUGCAAUGCUGAGACUGCCAGCAAAUCCCCCUCCAAGGGACAGUGUGAUCUGAGGGAAGCUGAUCUCCCACCUCCUGAGGACAGCCAACAGCCCACAGCGAUGUCCAUGGCAACAGAGACCUGGGAGGACAAGCCAAGCAAUGAGACAUCCAGCGAUACUCCACCUGCAGGGAACACCCCCAGUUCCAGCUGCCGCCGGUCCAGCUCUGACAUUGUCCAUGAGAGCGCAGAUGGUGCCAAGGCGCAGCGGGAGUGCCGGCUGCGGCCGCACUUUAGUGACCCCAUGCCAACAGACUCGGUGAAGAGGAAGCAGCUGGAGCUGAAGAUUGCAGCUGCAGCACGGCAGCAUGCACAGAAGCGCCGGCAGCAGCGAGACUAUGGUCCAGUGGUAGCAAAAGCCAACCUUGGCCAUGGUGGCAGCUUUGAUGAGACCCGCUGCGCCCCACGUGGGUCCCUUCGCUCCAGACAUCAUUGGAGUAACGUCAGCAGCCUGAGCACAGACAGCGGGAUUGUUGGCAUGAAUGAUGUCCGGGAUGACCAGGAUCCCAGUGAGGCCACCCGGACCAAGUCAGCAGAUGUGGAGAGGGCAGAUAGUGGCAUUGGCCAGACACCAGCCAGAAAGUGGAGGAGCAGGGCAUCCGAAAUGCUGAGCUCCCUGCAGGCCUGGGAAGCACACCGUCCCUGCACUGACUGUGGAGAAAGGGACCUCCCAGUGGAGACAGACAUGCAGAACUGCAAUCAGAGGCGGGCUGACCUCUGCGAGAAGUGCCGCAAACGCAGGACGGAGCGCAAGGAGUCUGUGCUGGAGUUUGUCAACACAGAGGCCAGCUAUGGAGAGGACCUGCGCAUCAUCAAAGAGGAGUUCUACCUCCCCAUGCAGGCGGCUGGGCUGCUAAGCCAGGAGCAGCUCCUAGGCAUCUUCAGCAACAUCCAGGAGCUCAUUGACCUCAACGAGAGCUUCCUGGAGAUACUUCAGGAAGAGAUCGAUCAGGCCUUUGACCAGGGUGAUGAUGACCUGAUGACCGUGUGCAUCGGUGAAAUAUUUCUAGAGUUCGUCAACAUGCUGCCAGCCUUUCAGACCUACUGUCUUCAGCAGUCCUCCUCCGUGAAUAUGCUCAACGCUCUGGAGAAGGAGAAAGAGCUCCUCAGAAUAUUCCUCAAUGUCUCCCAGAACGACAACACAGCACUGCGGCGGAUGAACUUGAGGUCCUUCCUGAUGGCCCCGUUGCAAAGAGUCACCAAGUACCCACUGCUGCUCAGCAGAAUCAUCAAGGCCACCACCGAAUACCACCCGGAUCAUAGCAGCCUGCGGGAGGCCAAGAGCCGCAUCGAGUCUCACCUGGAGCACAUCAACAUGAAAACCAAGCAGGAGGGGAACACGUGGACCCUCCGAUCUUUUCGCCAGGACAGCAAGAAGAAGAGGGAAGUCAUCAACAUUGAGAUGAGAGAAACUGCCCUCAAAACUGUAGGUUGGCUGCGGGAGGAAACGCGGUUUGUGAUGGAGGGGUCUCUGCAGCUGGCCCAGCCCCCCGAUGGCCAGUGGGUGAAGAAAGGCAGCAAGACCCUGAAGUUCCAGAACAUGCAGGUCCUCCUCCUGGUGAACAUGAAGCGUGUGUCAGAGUCUAGCCUGGAGUCAGCUGAGCCAGGGCCCGUGAAGGAUGCUGUGCUGGUACUCAUCAGGGACAAAAAUAACGGGAAGUUCCAUUUGCUCAGGGAGCCCUUGAGGCUGAGUAAUUGCAUCGUGUCCACUGACCCCGACUGCGACGACACUUUUGAACUCAUUGAGAUCAGGCGGGAGGCAUUUGUUUUCCGGGACAGUGACCGGGCACGGACUCACCACUGGUUCAGGCAGAUCCGGCGGUACUCGAGGGAGCUGGGCUCCUGGAAGAAGCGGCGCAAUGCGCUGCCCAACAUCAUGAUCAGCACCCCUCACACCAGGCCCUGAGUCCUGCGUGGGCAGCAAGCAGGGAGACUCGGCUUGACCAGUGCCACGUGCAAGGACCACCAAGAGCCUUGCUGGCUUGAGCCUGCUCUGCUCCAUAGACAACACAGGGAGGAGCCUGGCCCAUGCGGACUCUUAGCAGCACUGGAAGCAAGCAUCACAGCCUGUCUGGUCUCCCAGCCUCUGGACUCACAACCUGUUUGUUAUUAAUAUACAUACAGAGAUGGGCUUCCCUCGAGGAGCAGAUCUCUGGAGGAAAAUACUGAGUUUAACUUGUUAAUAUCGCACUGCAGAAUGAUGUAUGAUGCUUGCCAUUGCAUGGAUUGUGUUGAAAGCCAGUCUUGACAACAUGAGAGAGGUUUCCAUUGACUGUAUUUCAUCAGCAUUAGGUAAAGUCAGGGUCAAAAUUAGGUGCAGUAUUAUGCAACAGAGGAUGCAAGUUGGUUUUCUACUGCUACUCCUAAGGACUGUAUUUCAUUAUUCACCUCUGUAUAUUCAGUCAAAAUACUUGUUGAAAAAAAGGCCUUUCGUCUUUAAUCCAAAUCAAGUAGGUAUCAAUUUGCUCAGAUUCAGCUGCAUGCACACAGGAAAAAAAAAGCAAACAAGACUAAAAGGAGUUCUUGCUCUCUGACACAUGCACCCCAAGUGUGUGUAGAACCUGUGAAAGAGCACUAUACCCCCAUUGAAAGCCUGAUAUUUAACUGGUUUAGGGACUGUAACAUAACACUGCAUCUGAAAUAGAAGUCUGUAAAUAUAGCUCUGCUACCACUAAUAAUGAAUUUAAAAGUUUGCCAUUAUUUAAAUGAUGUAAUCUAGUGUAUUUCAAAAUUGUAUUUCAAAGGAACAAUUUACAUUGUACUGUAGAGUAAUAUAAAAGGUUUUAUUAAU